AUGUAUGAAUUCUUAACAUCUUUAGCUAUAGAUUUUGCCAAUCUUCUCGAUGUUGGUGAUGAUCAUAAUGUCCUUAUAAAUGUUGGUCAAGAUCCGCAUAGACAAUCAUUUAAAGCUCAUUCUGUUGUGUUAAGGGCCAGAUCUCCUUAUUUUAAAACUGCAUUAUCAAAUGAUUGGAUUAGAAAAGAAGGAUCAAUGACCUUAUUGAUUGCAUCUGAUGAAUUACUUCUUAGUGAACUUCAAGAAUACAUUCAAGAAUAUCUUUUAACAAAUAAAUCAAAUUGGUUACAUCAAAACUUCGCUCUCGUUCAUCAAACUGUAUUCCAACUCGAUUCUUCAAAAGAUCUUCAAGAAUUCUUUAGACCAUUUAAAAAAAUUCUCCCUAAAGAAUUAUACGAAGAUCUUAAACGUUAUCAUUUUCAAGCUGGAAUGCAACUUAAACCUGAAUAUCUUCAAGCUCCAAGAUAUAAAGGUAUAAAAUCGACUAUUAUCGAAAAACCACAUUCAGCUCUUAUUGCUUAUUGGAUUGAUGGUGGUGAUAAUACUUCUCUUCCAUCAUAUCCUGGUGAACUUCAAUAUGAAUUCAAACUUUUGGUCCGUGGAUCCCGUGAUGGAUUCUCAGCGGCCACAUUCCAUGAUAGAUGUGAUAAUCAAGGACCAACAAUUACUCUUUUAAAAGUCAAUAAUUCAAAACACGUAAUUGGUGGAUAUAAUCCGCUUUCUUGGGGUUCUACAAAUACAUGGCGUUAUACACGUGACAGUUUUAUAUGUCAAUUCAAUAUAGAUUACAAGAAAAAAAUGGUUGCUAAACUUGGUAGAGUAAUUCCAGCAUGUUCACAAUAUGCUAUUAGUGAUUCACAAUAUAAUGGUCCAUGUUUUGGAGAUGGUGAUUUAUGGAUAACUGAUGAUUUUAAUUUAGCAGGAAAUUGUAGUUGUAAUAAGGAAAGUUACGAACAAAGUGUUGGUGAUAUGUUUCACAGAGAAAGUUGGGAUAGUUGGAAUGGAAAAAAUGGUACUUUUGCAGUUGAUGAUUACGAAGUUUUUCAAGUUGUAAAAUUAAGGCUGAGUGAUCAAUAA